AUGCCUCCACGCCCGUCAACUGCGGUCGUUAAGACCUUCCUCGGGAACGGUCCAAUCCUCCCGUUCCUCUACCCAGCGGCCUCCCGACGGCUUCUAAGCUCUACUCCUCCUAGGGCUCAGGAUGAGAAUUCAAAUGACAAGUUCGCCGGGAUUAUGGACAAUCUUCGAUCGGAGACACCUGCAUCCCUCCCUUCUCUUCCCGAUGAAGCGCCCGCUUCCCGCUCACAGAGGCCCCCCCAGUCCACCAAUUUUGCGACUAUGCAGCAGCGUAAACGUGCUUUCCGGGAUAUGGCUUCUCUCAAUCUUAGCACUAGCAAGGUCGUCGAGAAGCUACAGGACUUGGUCCACCUCCGCCACGCCUACAAAGAUUCCAUGGAACGUGUGGAUCCAGAAAUCUUCCGACACUCUGCCCCCAUACUCGAUCGAUCAUUCAUCAGUCCUAAAGAUUUAAGCUUCGAAGAGUACCAGAAAUUCAACGCCAACAGAAAAUUACGUCUUAAAGAUGAUGUAUUCAAGACGCUGCAGGAGAAUCCAAUGUCUUAUUAUAAGAACUUCAAUCUUUUAAAAGAUUUCACCACUUCUGCCGGCCGUAUAAAACACCGCUCUAUAACCGGCCUUAGCAAUACCAACCAGCGAAAGGUAUCAAAAGCAAUCAGGAGAGCGAUCGGAAUUGGUCUUAUGCCAUCCGUACAUCGCCACCCGUCAAUUCUCCUACACGAACAGAGGAUGUCAUCAGAAGGGUUUAAGCAUGAUCGCGCAACCACUGGCAAUAGGGAUGAUCGUGAUCGUCCUAGGCGGGAACCAAUUGAUAUGAGAUUGUCAGCUUAA